GCUGUAAAAUACAGUUCGGUGACCUGGUGGCACGAGAACAGACUAUAUCUGUUCACCAAUUGUAAGAACAGGUGCAUUUAGUUUAGAACGAUAGCCUAGAGACGGUGGAAUAAAAGUUAUUUUUUUCCCCCCAGACAUUUUACCCGCGUAAUGGAGGCUGUAUGGGUUGUGUCGUGCUGCCUUAUUACUUUCCUUUAUCAGGUGUUUUCGUGCGCGUUUGCAGCGGAGCUCACCUCUACAGCGGACACAAGAGCAGUAUUGUUCAGUGCAUAUAAUAAAAGCACAAAAGCUGAGCAUGUCUACAGUCAUGAAGACAGUAACAGGGAUACUUCAGUGAAUGCAGCUUUACAGGUGCAAAUACCAUCUGGUCUUCUGGUUGUGGAGUUUCCAAGUUCUUCAUCUGGUCAAAGGAGGAAAAAGAGAGAGUGGGUCAUUCCUCCUUAUAGCAUAACUGAGAAUGAGAGAGGUAAAUUCCCCAGAAGAAUGUUCCAGUUAAAGGCAAAAAUAGAAGGUGUAGCUGAUACAGAGAUACGUUAUAGUAUCACAGGUGAAGGUGCAGAUAAGCCACCUGUGGAUAUUUUUACUGUCGACAAAAUGUCUGGGUAUCUUUAUGUGACUCAGCCACUGGAUAGAGAAACAAAGGGCAUAUACGAGCUCAACGCUCGUGCCAUUUCAGAAAAUGGGAAAAAAUCUGCAUCACCCACAAACCUUACUAUCCUUGUAACUGACCAGAAUGAUAACAAGCCUGUGUUUACUGAAAAUCCUUUUAAUGGACAAGUUUCUGAAGCUGAGUCAAAAGGUUAUGAGUUCAUGACAGUCACAGCCACUGAUGCAGAUCAGCCAGAAACUGACAAUUCUAUAAUCAGAUACAGAAUUGUCAGUCUACAUCCUACAUCACCAAACCCAAACAUGUUUGAAGUCAACACUGUUAGUGGAACAAUUUAUGUGAAUUCUACAGGCUUGGACAAAGAGGUAUGGCCUAAAUAUACUUUAUUAAUUGAGGCUGCUGACAUGGAAGGAAACGGUUUGUCGACCACUGGCACGGCUGUUAUCACUAUUACUGACAGCAAUGAUAACCCACCUCAGUUUGAGCAAACUUCGCACAACGUAUCUGUCCCAGAGAAUAAAGUAGGGCAUGAAGUGGCCAGACUAACGGUUACUGAUGAAGAUGAAGUUGGUUCACCAGCCUGGACAACCAAGUAUCGUAUUAUUAAUGGCGACAAGGGUGGGUUUUUCACUGUCAGUACUGGACCCAACACGGACGACUUCCAAGAGGGCAUCAUCACCACUGUAAAGCCCCUGGACUUUGAGAGGACCAAGAAGUACGUUCUAUUUGUCAUUGUUGAAAAUGAUGAACCAUUUGUCGGUUCUUUGCCCACCUCCACUGCCACGGUCACAAUCAAUGUACAAGAUGUAAAUGAGCCUCCCGAGUUUAAUCCAAAGGAGAUGGUUAUAUACAGAGAAGAAAAUUUACCAGUUGGUAGCAAUUUGAUUGCUUAUACUGCCACUGAUCCAGACACUGGAAAAUCACAGAAGAUAACGUAUAAAAUUGACAAAGAUCCUGCUGAAUGGCUAAAUGUAAAUCAAGACACUGGGAUGAUUAAGGUCAAGAGAAUUAUGGAUAGGGAAUCUGCCCAAGUCAAUGAUGGCAAAUACAGAGCUACCAUUUUGGCCCUGGACGAUGAUGGUACAAAUCCAGAAACGGGUACAGGAACUUUGGUAAUUGAAUUGGAGGAUGUAAAUGACAACGUUCCAGUCAUUAAUGAAGGCAGUAUAAAGAUUUGCAAUCGUGAGGCCAUAGCGCUUCUCUCUGUAACUGACAAAGAUAGUCAAUAUGCUGCUCCCUUCAGCGUUGAGCCCCAAGGAGACACAGAGAAAAACUGGACUGCAAGGAUGAAUGAAACAAAAACUGGGAUUCUGUUAACGCUUACUUCUGUGUUGGAGGAGGGUGAUUACAAUCUUGUCCUAAGGGUUAAUGAUAACAGUAAGAUGUACAAAGACAACCAUAUUCAAGCAACUGUGUGUGACUGCAAAGGAGAUGAAUUGAAAUGCCAAAAAAAGAUAGCCGGCACCCCACUUUCAAUAUCCAUUGGAAUCGUGGCAGCCAUCUUGGCUCUGCUGUUACUACUUCUUCUACUUCUGCUGCUCAUAAGGAAGAAACCAAGUAGUAAAAAGCCACUCCUGCUUGAAGAUGAUGACACAAGAGACAAUAUCUACUGUUAUGAUGUGGAAGGCGGUGGAGAAGAUGAUCAGAACUUUGAUCUGAGUGUGUUGCAUAGAGGCCUUGACAACAGACCGGAAGUGUUAAGAAACGAUGUGGCUCCUAUUUUCUUGCCUGCACCUGAGUAUAGACCACGACCUGCCAACCCUGAGGAGAUUGGGACAUUCAUUGGUUAUAAUCUAAAGGCUGCGGAUAACGACCCCACUGCACCUCCCUAUGACUCCCUGUUGGUGUUUGACUAUGAAGGAGCAGGUUCAGAUGCGGGUUCACUCAGCUCCCUCAACUCUUCCAGCUCAGGACACGACCAAGACUAUGACUUCCUCAAUGAGUGGGGCCCACGCUUUAAGAAGCUGGCGGACAUGUUUGGAGGAGGAGAGGUUUAAAAGUUACUUAAUGCAUUGGCAAUGUACGUUAUUUUAAAUUGUAGAGUGUCGGAGAUUGUGCUGGAGCUUUAAAAGCAGAAUCUGUCUCCGUACAGUAUUUCCCCCAGUGUUAAAGGCAUAUUGGAAGUAUAAAAUUGCAAAAUAUAGGACAAUUGUUCUCAGCACUCUUUGCUCAUGCCUGACUUCAAAGAUUCAUUAUGUAAUUCAUGGUCUUUGUGCUUCUGCUAACAUCUGUCAGCCUAGGGCUUGCAUAGAAUAGUCGGCUAGUUCAUCCAUUAGUCAGCACUGCUGGAAGCUAUCAAAUACUCCAGCAUGCAUUUACUAUAGGGCAUGUAAUCAAUACCAGUUCCCUCUAGGCCAGGUUCUACAUGGAUGCUAAAACAUUCUAAAAAAAAUCAAGUACACAAAUUAAAAAAAAAUGGCAAAAGGUCAAUUGGGUAUUUGUAAAUGACCUUUUUUGUGUGAAGUGUAGGGCUUUGUAAGACCUUUUCAGAUUGGAAUUAACUCAAAAAGCUUUUUAGCAAUUGUAAAGGGAGCUUUUUUUGUGCGCUUUUUAGGGCUAUUUUUAGGUUCAUGAAUUUUUUUUUUACCUUGGCUACAACAUUAUCACAAGGCAAUUAACAAGACUGUCUGCCCCCUAUUUAUGUUGAAGUGCUUGUUUUUCAAGAUCGCGAAUCCACGACCAAAGGCAGUAUAUGUCAGGAGGAUGAUGGCAGUAAAUAGACUGUGAAUUUAGUUUAUUCUAUCAUAAAGUAUUUCAAAUCGGUUUAGUGAAGGUCUAGCUAUUUGAGAUCUGUUAUUAAAGGUUGGGCUUACCAUUGUGUGGACUCUAAGCAAAGUCAAGACCUGAGGCCCCACAUACCUUAACCGUAUUUACCUUCUUUAAGUAAAUGUGUUUAAUAUGUGCAGUUCAAUUUAUAGAUUUAUUUUCAAUUGUCCAGUCCUAUUAUACUUUUCAAUAAUUUGUACUGUAUCUUCCAGAAUACCAUCUGAUUCACAUUUAUUUCAUGCUGUAACUUGUAAUAAAGUAGAACGCACUACCGCUUAAAAAAAAGUAAGCUUUGGAAAACUUUUAGUAUUGCAUUUUUCUCUUAUGUUUUCUUCCUUUUCUGAGUGACACUUGGAUAUGUGCUCUCUGUGGUUAUUUCUUUGUACUUUAUUCAGACAUUCAAAAUGAGUUAUUGCUUUGUGGCAAGCAGGCCUGCAGGGCCCAGUGCAUUUGCAUGGUAUUUAACACUGCUUCUGCUGAUGUUGCAUGCUCAUACGUUUUCACUGUCGAAGACAUAGAUGUUAAGGUUACAAUGUUACAUGUCAGCCUAUAACGUGUGUGUGCUAAUACAAAAUAAAAUGACUUCAAGGUAUCAAGGUAUGAAAUACCUCAAAUGUAUGAACUGCACCUCAUAGAGCUAAGCAUUUGUUUUUUCUACUUUGUUACUAUCAGUUUAAUAAAAAUUAACAAAC